CCUCUCUUUCUCCCUUUCUCUAUCUCGCUCAUGCUAAUCGUGUUUGAAAUAUGCCUCACAAACUACAGGUCAUUUCUGUGAAACUUUUAAUGAAUUAACACUGAAACUCAUCCGGAUAUGGGGUAAAAAGUGAAUCGCAUAAUUGUAAAACUAGUGCAAUAUAGUGAAAGGGUUGAAAUAUCGAUGCAGUGCACGAUAUUGGUGUGAAUGAAAGUCUUGGUCCGUUCCUUUCUACGUUGCAGAGACCACCCUUUGCACGAUUCAAGUUCCAUUGGUUGCUUUGACACUAUUUUUCCCAACACACACACGCAGCACGGUUAGGGAAAAGUGGACUGAACUAGAAUAGUGGAAAAGUUGUGUAAAAAGUGUAAACAUUUCCCAAAACACUCUGCUGGAGAGAAAUAUUAGCAAACGUGUAACACGGUACAAGUGAGGUCAAAUACAACCGAAACACGAAGGAAGGGAAAACCAUUCCCCGCUGUGUUGCCCUUCUUCUCGCGAUCAUCAUUGUGUGAAUCGAAUCGGUGACAAGAGAAGCUGCAGAAUCCGAAUUACGAAUACAAAUUCCGAUGCACACUGGAAACAAUGGCCUGUGGUAGUACCUCAUCGACAACGAGCAUGGAAUUGGUUCCGGCGGGUCCAACGAAUGUCGCAGCCGCAGCACGACCUUCACGCUUCACGAUGGAAGGUGUUGGGUCACGGGUCAUCCGUGGACCGGACUGGAAAUGGGGCAAGCAGGAUGGCGGCGAGGGACAUGUCGGUACGGUGCGCAACUUUGAGUCGCAGGAGGAGGUGGUCGUUGUUUGGGAUAAUGGAACCGCGGCCAACUAUCGGUGUGCCGGUGCGUACGAUCUGCGCAUACUGGACAGUGCACCGACGGGCAUUAAGCACGAAGGUACGAUGUGUGACACGUGCCGGCAGCAACCCAUUUUCGGCAUUCGUUGGAAGUGUGCCGAGUGUAACAACUACGACCUGUGCUCGAUCUGUUAUCACAGCGACAAGCAUCACUUGAGGCACCGGUUCCACCGUAUCACCACCCCGGGUGGUGAGAAAACGUUGCUGGAACCGCGCCGAAAGUCAAAGAAAAUAGCCGUCCGUGGAAUAUUUCCGAGCUCGCGCGUUGUGCGGGGCGUCGAUUGGCAGUGGGAGGAUCAGGACGGUGGUAACGGGCGGCGCGGUAAGGUGAACGAAAUCCAAGACUGGUCAUCGGCUUCACCGCGUUCGGCCGCAUAUGUUGUGUGGGACAAUGGAGCAAAAAAUUUGUACCGCGUCGGAUUCGAAGGUAUGGCCGAUCUAAAGGUAAUGAACGAUGCUAAGGGUAUGACCGUGUACCGCGAUCAUCUACCACUGUUGGGCGAGUAUGGACCAGGCCGGGCUCCGAACAACUUCCAGAUCGGCGAUCAGGUAACGGUGGAUCUGGACAUUGAGAUCGUACAGUCGCUACAGCAUGGACACGGCGGAUGGACGGAUGGCAUGUUCGAGUGUCUUAGCACAACCGGUACGGUGGUGGGCAUUGACGAGGACCAUGACAUUGUGGUCGCCUAUCCUAGCUCGCACCGUUGGACAUUCAAUCCGACCGUGCUAACGAUCGUUUCCUCACCAAUGAUGAUGCUAACCGACAACCAGCCGCAACAGUUCGCGGUUGGUGAUUUCGUGAAGAUUUGUAGCGAUCUGGAACGCAUCAAAAUUCUGCAGCGCGGACAUGGCGAAUGGGCGGAGGCGAUGGUACCGACACUUGGAAAAGUGGGUCGUGUUCAACAAGUGUAUCAUGACAACGAUCUGAAGGUGGAAGUUUGCAACACAUCCUGGACCUAUAAUCCACUUGCCGUGACAAAAGUUGCUUCUUCCUCCGAUGGUGCUACUGCUGUGACAACGAACGGCGAGCGUCUUUCGGCGAUACUGAAGAAGCUCUUCGAACCGCACACAUCGGGCGAUACCACCGAAGAGUUGGUAAAAGCCGCCGCCAACGGUGACAAAGCGAAGGUGGAAAAGUUUCUUACCGGUACGACCGAACAGAAUGUGACGCCAUCGUCCUCCAGCAUGGGCGAAGCACAGCCAGUCGUGAAGGUCGAUGUGAAUGGUGUGUUUGCGGGACAUACUGCCCUGCAAGCAGCAAGCCAGAAUGGACAUCUCGAGGUGAUCGAGGUACUGCUCCGACACAGCGCCGAUGUCGAGAUCGAGGAUAAGGACGGCGAUAGAGCCGUGCAUCAUGCAGCAUUCGGUGAUGAACCGGGCGUUAUGGGCAUGCUGGCGAAAGCCGGUGCUGAUCUGAACGCACGAAACAAACGCCGUCAAACGGCGCUUCACAUCGCUGUGAACAAGGGACACUUUAAUGUGGUAAAAACGCUGCUAGAGCUAAACUGUCAUCCGAGCUUGCAGGAUUCGGAAGGUGAUACGCCACUGCAUGAUGCGAUCUCGAAGGAGCACGAUAACAUGCUCGCACUGUUGCUCGAUAACGGUGCGGACAUAACGCUCACCAAUAACAAUGGCUUCAACGCGUUGCAUCACGCAGCGCUGAAGGGAAAUCCUAGUGCGAUGAAAGUUUUGCUGACGAAAACGAACCGUCUGUGGAUCGUGGAGGAGAAAAAAGAUGAUGGCUACACGGCCCUGCAUCUGGCCGCGCUGAACAAUCACGUAGAGAUCGCGGAACUGCUCGUACGCAUGGGCAAAGCGAACAUGGACUGCCAGAACGUGAAUCUGCAGACGGCGCUACAUCUUGCGGUCGAGCGACAGCACGUGCAGAUAGUGAAGCUGCUCGUGCGCGAGGGCGCCAAUCUUAACAUUCUCGACAAGGAUGGGGACACACCGUUGCAUGAGGCGCUGCGUCAUCAUACGCUGUCGCAAUUGCGGCAGCUGCAAGAUGUAGAAGGAUUUGGGAAAAUUCUAAUGGGAUUGAGGAAUAACACGGACAAAAAAGCGUCGGCAUCGAUUGCCUGUUUUCUAGCAGCGAACGGUGCAGAUUUGACGGUUAAGAAUCGAAAGCUGCAAACACCGUUGGAUCUGUGUCCCGAUCCGAAUCUCUGCAAAACGUUGAUCAAGUGCUAUAACGAGCGUAAAACGGACGAUAUGGACAUGAUCGCGGCUAGUGGCGUUGGCGUCGGUACAAGCAUGCAGCCGAAUGUGAUGCGAGCCGGUCUCCGAACGAAUGGCGGCGAACCGACCGCUUCGACGUCCGGUUCCGGCUGCAAUCCCGGCACGAGUGGUAUCAGUGCGGGUGGGCUGAAUCAUGCCCAGAUCGAUGCUACCCUGCUGAUGGGUUUGAGUAAAAUGUCGAUCCAACCGAGCGCGGCCGGUGAAGCGAAUACGAAUGUGAGCGUUAAUCAUAGUGCAAGUGGUAGUGGUGCCGUUGUCGGUGGCAGCAGUGGACCGCUGGACGAGUGUUUGCUCUGCUCGGACCAGAAGCGUGACACGGUGUUCAAACCGUGCGGGCACGUAGUGUGUUGCGAAAAUUGUGGACCACGCAUCAAGAAGUGUUUAAUCUGUCGCGAAUCGGUUCUAUCGCGCGAAAAGAUCGACGAGUGUCUCGUUUGCUCCGAUCGGAAGGCAUCGGUAUUCUUUAAACCGUGCGGUCAUAUGGUUGCGUGUGAGCAUUGUGCACCGAUCAUGAAGAAAUGCGUCCAGUGUCGUACGCAGCUCGAACAGAUGGUACCAUUGUCGGUGUGCAGUGGCGGACAGGGCAGUGUGAUUAACAUUCAGCAUCACGUGGACGAUGGUAAGAAGGAUCUGUUGCACAAUCAUAAUGCUUCGCAGCAGCAGCAGCAGCAGUUGUUGCAGGGCACGAACAAGGCGGGCCUUGGCGUUGCCAUGAACAACACAAUGUCACCGAAUGCCAGCUCUAUGGCGGGCGUAUCAGCAGGUGUGCUAGGUAAUAAUGGACUGCUUGCCGGAGGAGGAGGAGGAGCAGGAGGAGCAGGAGGAUGUGGUUCUUCCAGCAGCAACAACACAACGCCACUGACAACCACCAACAACACCUCGGUUGCGUCCGGUGUUGCGCCCAACAAUCUCAAUUUGGUGGACGACUUUCAAAAGCUACAGCAGCAACUGCAGGAUAUUAAGGAACAGACGAUGUGUCCGGUUUGUUUCGAUCGCAUCAAAAAUAUGGUUUUCCUGUGCGGUCAUGGAACGUGUCAGAUGUGCGGCGAUCAGAUCGACGGCUGCCCGAUCUGUCGGAAGACGGUGGAGAAACGUAUUCUUCUAUUCUAAGGCGGAAUGCUGCAGGAUAUAUUCCAUUCCAUGUAGAAUUUAAUUAUCGCAUUAGCUGAUACGCUCACUGUGUUACUGUUUGCAAAUAGGGUUAGUUAGCAGCUUUGCCCAUCAGUUUACAUUCAUUCUUAUUUUAGUCUUCCUUUAGCACAAAAAAACCGCCCGGCACCUAGGCCGCUAAUGAUGUGCACGGAUAUCACGGAUAUUUCCUAUUCGCUUGUGAGGCAAUGCGACACGAAAAGCUUUAGUGUGUUAUAUAGGAUGCAUUUUCUUUCCAUUUUCCAUUGCACAUUGAACGUUCUCGCGUUUUUUUAUUUUAAUUUAAAUUCUAUCCACUUCUACGCACCAAUGUUGUAGAAUCGUUAAUUAUACACCGAACAAAAGACACCCGAUCGCGUGCGUGAUCGGCAAGCAUGUUAUGGCAGACGCAUUUACUAUAUGUUGAACGUAUAAUGCUUAACGUGCUCACUGACUGUGGACCCGUUUCAUGUAAACGAAGCUCCCCGCGAAAGAAAUACAACAAAAUAAAUCGUUGUAGGUACAACUUUUGGAAAAACAA